UUAGUGCCUGAAAGUUACGAUUAUGUGUAUCAAAAAAUAAAAAAUGACGUAUGCCUUUCUUCAAUAUCAGGAGGAACUGAUAUUAUUUCUUGUUUUGCACUUGGAUCAGCUAUCCUUCCGGUUUAUCGGGGUGAAUUACAAUGUAAAGGCCUCGGGAUGUCCGUAGAAAUUCGCGAUGAAUUUGGCAAAGCCGUACUGAAUCAAAAAGGUGAACUUGUCUGUACCAGACCCUUUCCUUCAAUGCCAAUAUACUUCUGGAAUGAUCCGAAUAAUGAGAAAUAUUAUAAUGCGUAUUUUUCAACAUAUGAAAAUAUUUGGUGUCACGGAGACUUCGUUAAAGAAACUGAAAAUGGCGGGUUAAUCUUCUACGGUCGUUCUGACACCGUUCUUAACCCAGGUGGCGUAAGAAUUGGCACGGCUGAAAUUUACCGACAAGUAGAAAAGUUGGACGAAGUGCUAGAAUCUAUUGUUAUUGGACAAAACUGGCAGGAUGAUGUCAGGAUCGUGCUAUUUGUAAAACUUGCAGUUGAGUUACAAUUAGACGAGGCUCUUAUUCAAAAAAUUAAAACGCAGAUUAGAAGCAACACAACACCACGUCAUGUACCCGCUAAAGUACUUCAAGUAAAUGAUAUCCCAAGAACUAAAAGUGGGAAGAUUGUGGAAAUAGCG